UGAUAUGAUGAUGUGGUUUGAAUAUUGCCUCCUCACGUGCGCUCUGCCUUCACCAAAUAGUUCAACACGCCUGUAAAGUUGUAAAGUAUUUUUAAUGGUCUAACAAGCGACACAUUUAUUCGACUUCAGGAAACUCCUGCUUUUUGGGAAGUUAGGAAGUUGGGAAGCUGUGAAAGGUUCGCAGCCUACGCAUCCCGCAGUGCACCGCUCAUAUUCCCAAGUAGCGACUCUCGCGCGACUUUGUAAUUUUCUUCAACAAGGAAUAACAACACUCAACUCAGUUGUUUCGUCGUUUAUCUUUUGCAGAUUACCUCUUAACGAUUGAUUUGUUGUAAUCAUAUAGUGAUAGUUAGGUUUCCAAACUGUUCCUUUUUUGAUCGUUUUCAAGAAAGUCACAUAUUUGGUCUCCAGACGGGAGUGUUUUGAAACAUUGAAACAACCGAGGAUAAGAAUGGGAAGCUGAAUUUUACAACACUAAUUUGGAUUGUUUCACAUUAUUUUCAAAUUUACCUAAAGACGCUGGUGUAAAUCUGUUGCAAAAUGGGUUCAAUACUCAGCCGUAGAAUUGCUGGUGUUGAAGAUAUUGAUAUUCAGGCUAAUUCUGCGUAUCGAUAUCCACCGAAAUCAGGCAAUUACUUCACAAGCCAUUUCUUUAUGGGAGGAGAGAAGUUUGACACACCACAUCCAGAGGGAUAUCUGUUUGGUGAAAACAUGGAUUUAAACUUUCUAGGCAACCGACCUGUACAGUUUCCCUAUGUGACCCCAGCUCCACAUGAACCAGUGAAGACACUAAGGAGUCUGGUCAACAUCAGGAAGGAUUCCCUCCGUCUGAUCAGGUACAAAGAUGACUCUGAUAGCCCAACAGACGAGACUGGCAGCCCCAGAGUACUCUAUGGUGUGGAGUUCAGCUUUGAUGCCGAUGCUCGAGUUGCCAUCACACUAUACUGUCAAGCCUUUGAAGAAUUUUCCAACGGAAUGGCCAUAUACAGCCCCAAAAAUCCCUGGCUUGCGUCCGAAACAGUCCAUUACAAGAGAGGCAUAAAUCAGCACUUUUCCCUGCCCUCCUUCAAGAUUGACUUCACCAAGUGGAAGCCAGAAGAGCUGAACUUUGACCUUGACCGAGGGGUCUUUCCGAUGGUGAUCCAGGCCGUUGUGGAUGAAGGGGAUGGGAGGGUUCCUGACAUAUCGGGACAUGCACAUGUGCUGCUGGCAGCCUUUGAAAGGCACGUCGACGGCAGCUUUUCUGUGAAACCCCUGAAACAGAAGCAAAUUGUGGACCGUGUAAGCUACCUGCUGCAAGAGAUCUAUGGCAUUGAGAAUAAGAACAAACAGGACAAAAAGACCCCAGACGAUGAGAACAGCGACAACAGCAGCGAGUGCGUGGUGUGCCUGUCAGAUCUGCGGGACACACUGAUCCUGCCCUGCCGACACCUCUGCCUGUGUAACGCCUGCGCGGACACACUGCGCUACCAGGCCAACAACUGCCCUAUCUGCCGCCUGCCCUUCAGGGCUCUGCUGCAGAUCCGUGCGGUCAGGAAGAAGCCUGCGGGCUCUCUGUCUCCCGUGUCCUUCAGCCCGGUGCUGGCUCAGAGCACCGAACACACGGAGCACUCGCAAAACUCUGAUAACAUCCCGCCGGGCUACGAGGCCAUCUCCCUGCUGGAGGCACUCAACGGCAUCUGCUCCGUGCCCUCCCCCAUCCCGUCCGCCCCCCUCUACAAGGAGAUCCAGUUUCCCGGGGACGGCGGCGACCCCCUGGCUCUGAGCCGGCCCCAGAGUGUGGGCGACCUGCCAGGGGACGCGGCGCUGCUCAAGAGCAAAGGCAGCAAGUCACCUGACAGCUCCACGCGCUCGCCUUCCUCCCCCAUCCAGGAGGAGGAGGACGAGGAGAGGCUGUCGGAGGUGUCUGACGCACGCUCCCACUCCCUGCUGCCCUGCUCCCCAGACCCCACCGAGGUCACCGUGACCGAGGGGACCCCAGAAGCUGUCACCCCUAACUCAGAUGGCUGUUCUCUGGUCCACUCUGUGAGUGAUGUUCUGCAGGGCUGUCACAGUGAGCGCAGCAGUCUGACCCGUACUGAGAGCACCCCCUCCACAGAGCUGGCCCUGCCUGACCCGGAGCCCAGCUCUCCUGCUGUGGAGGAGUGACCGGCUCGUCCGAGUCCAUGGAGAGUCUGAAGAGCCGCAGCACCAGCAGCUCCAGCCAGCCCCUGCUCUGCCUGCCCAGCUCCCUGCACCUGGAGGACGAGCGCCUCACCCCCUAGACAAGGAUCCUGCUCACCCCCCUGCCCGCUAUCACACCCCAUUUAUACCCCCCACCCCACCCCCGCCCACUCUCACACCCCAUUUAUACCCCCCACCCCCCCCGCCCAUUCUCACACCCCAUUUAUACCCCCCUCCCCCCACCCACCCACCCACCCAUUCCAUGGGGCAACUGUCCCUCUCUCCUGAUGCGAGACCUCUGCUUUUGUGGCAGUGGUCCCCACCGGCGGUGUCUAGACGGUUCUAGAGAGUUCUAGGUCCUGGUGUAUGUUAGUGCACUUUCAUUUCUACACUCGAAAAGAUAUAUACAUUUCAGAGACUUUGUCAAAUUGACACUAAAAAAAAAAAUGGAGAUUCUUUGUGUCCAAUCAGAGACACUUGUCCUUGCCCUUUUGCACAAACCAAAUGCUUUAGUAAAUGGCCUUUCUGUUCAGAAACAAAAUAGUAGCAAUGGAUAUCUAUGUUUAUGGUUCAUUGCCUUGUUUUACUACCAGAAAAUUAGUAUUUUAGUAUUAUGUAAUCAUAGACUGAAGGUAUCUUCCAUUUCAAAAGGUUUAGCUUUAAAUCGUGUACAGCAUUAGUGGACAUUUCUGACUCUCACACCAGUAGUCCACAUUCUACUUUUGACGCACAUAGAAUCACUGGCAAGUAGAGAUGCCUGCCUUUCAAUGCUUCCUGACUGGUUAUUGGAAUGUUAGAAUGUUGUUUUUUUAUUUGUGAAAAUAUAACGGCUGCUUGCAUACUUAUUUUGAAAAUAUCAUUGCUAGUAGCUUUACAAUAUCACGAUUGAGACAAUCUAUCUGAAUGACCGCCAAUGCCCCAGACAGGACACUGUCCAAUUACUCAUCAGUUGUGGUGUGACAGUCCUAUAGAUGGCUCUUCCUGUCCUAAUUGAAGCGCUACACUUAAUCAUUUCUGUGAAUCAUACACUACAAGAGAACCAGAGAGGAAUACCGUAUAUGGACGUGACAGUGUAAUGUACACAUCCCUUACCCUGAUCCACAUCAAAACAGCCUCGUCCACCCAAACAAGCACCUUCAGUGUUCAGUACAAUCCUUACACUUGGUAGGCCAUCUUAAAUGUUGGUUUGUGAUUCUUGAGUGGUCGUUUAAAGGUGUGGACCAGUAAUCCUGACGUCGUGUACUCUCCCUCUCUGAGCUCCGGUGUGUUCUCAUCAACAGUAGAUCAGCGUUGUGGCAUUAUCCCUUUAACGUUCUGAUGCAGCUGUUCUCUGUAUUCGUGUGCCUUACAGUACAGUGGCUUUUUUUCUAAUGCUGUUUGAAGAGACCUCUUUUGUGGUGUGGGAACAUCGAUGUUUUCUGAGGUUUUUGAAGUGAAUCUGAAUUUGAUUUAAUUCCAUUUGAAGUGGCGGUUCAUUUCACAGAGUGACAUUUGAGAAUGUUUUUUGAUUUGUGUUUUGAUUCAUUUUUAUUAUAUUUCAGUUUUAAGAGUUGCCUGCAGUCUUGGUGAUGCUAUAUUCAGUACUCAAUCUAACAACACUCUGUAUAUGUUUAUGUAGUCUUCAUUAUUGGUACAAAAUCAUUCGAAGUGUGUACUCCUAGUCCUACCAAUCUCUUAUCAAAGCCUUUACCGAUGUCAUUUUCAAGAAAGAUGCUGUGUGGAGAAAUGUAUUUUAGCAACCCAUCUUUAUUAAACAAAUACCAGAGAAUAUGACAAAAGAAAUGUCAUGCAGUGCAGUACAUUUUUGGAAAAGAACAAUUAUAGGGUUCUUUGUGAAGUCUAGUAGUAAAAUGUCAUUGCCAGAAAAAAAUGUUUUUAGAAGUUUGCAUGAAUGAUUUAGGCCUAUAGCCUAGAAAUCUAGACGCACCCUAGCGGCAAAAAAUAUGUUUUGCCUAGCGGGAUGGUCUAGGGUCGCACCGUUAAGGCCAAGCCUGUGUUCGACACCAAGUCAGUCGGUCCAAUCAUAAGGUUGAGCAGAAAGAAGCACUCAAGUCAUUCAAUUUAAAGAAGGAUGUAUUUGCUGUUUUGCCGACCGGCUACGAUUGGUCACAAAUGCUGGCCUAUUACGUGCAGAGGCAGUCUGAAAGACAACUGUUCAUCCCACCCACAGGCUUCAGCUCUGUGAAUGGUCCGACCCCAGACCAUUUCUGUAUAGUUUGGCUUGCCAGGCUAUUAGGCCUAUACUUU